GUUGAAAGUCACUUGAGUGUUUGUCUAUGGAGAUUGUAUGGCUGUGUGUUCGAUUUUAUACGCCUGUCAGCAACGCGUGUGGAUAAAAUAGCCGAAUCCACUAAUUUGAAGGGGAGUCCACAUACCUUUGGCCAUGUAGAAUACAUGCACUGCGCAUUUUAAUUUAAUAUAGCUUAACCUGUAAUGUUUACCUGGAUCGGUCUUUUGAUUUGCCCUUCAGUUUACGUCUCUUGUCGCUGUCUGAGUCGCUUCUCGACCCGGGAUGGCCUCUGCUAGGGGGCCAUUGUCGCCCCGGAGAUCCACCACUGCUGUCCGAGCUUCCGCUCUCAGAACGCGCAAUUCUCCGGGGAUUUUGGUUCCGAUUCACGGACCGACUCCGGCCUCUUUUCUCUUCGGGUGAUCGUGAUCUACUUAUUUUGGACCUGUUUCGGUUCCGACUACGAGAUCCAGAACGGGACCGAUUAUACUUUUCCGGACCCAUGGCAAAUGGGUUUCCAAAACGUUGUGGUCCGUUCUACGUCGCGUAAAUCGGAGCUGUAUAAUUAUUUUUGUUCGCAGCACACAACUGUAAUGUAUUUGAGGCGAAGAAUCGUUAGGACAAUUACAAACCUAAUUAUUAACUUAAAAAACAUGACGGGAUCCCCUCUCAUACUAACUUUCAUAUUGAUUUUGUUCGCAUUUGUUGUUUACAUUUUCAGGCAUAUUUAAAGCCAACCGCUGGGACUUGCAUUGAGCCCCAGCGCAGUUUGUAAACGUCAUAUUAUAAUCUGAUCGGUCAUUUGGAGAAUGGUAGCAUAGAACGUCAAUGUGCCUUUCCCAAUUAUUUUAUCAUGAUUAAUGAAAUCUGCCCACUACACCCCAUCUAUAGGUAUGUCGUCUAGGCAUGUUUUAGUUUCAACAUAAAUUGCCAUCGAAAAGGCUAAACAAGGUUGGCGUUGUUGUACGUGUCACACUAUUGGCUGUAUUCCAGAAAUGUCUUGUGUAGUUCUUAAAACCCACCCGGAAAAAAACAAGUAAUAAAAAACAUGCUAUUCUCAAUUAAUUGAAAUACUUUUACAAUAAACAUCGUGAUUACAAUGGAUACUUUUUGCACCGCUGACAUGAGAAUUUUAUGCAAUAGUUACAUCGGAACUACAUUUCCCAGAGGGUACUACAAUCUUAUUGACUGUUUUGAGAGGAGAGGAGACUGCUUUCAACUCCUCAUUUAUAGCCAGCAGGAACACAUUGUUGGUGAAUUUUUAUUUAUGUUUGUAUAGUCUUUAGCUGGUCCAUAACGAUUUGUUGUAUAACUAUCAGUUUCAAAGUAACAUUUAAAACAUAUAUAUUCAUUGUCACUGGACCAAUAGCUAGCAGCUUGUGCUAACUAGCUAGCUUCACGGCUUAACUAGGUCGGUGAGCCUAGUUAGUUACUAAAAUACCAACACAUCGUUUUUAGUAUGAGUUUUUUUAUGAGUUAUUUGAUACUGAUAACUAGCUAGAUAACAUAUUGCGCGAUUUCAAAACAAAUCCAUCUACUUGAAUCAAAAGAGAGGUUAACUAACUAGCCAUUGUGCGCAUCGAGGAAAUCGCAACAAAGAAAACGUUUUUUGUUUUGCUGGAUCAGCUGGCUCGCGAGCUGUGUUGUAAACGACGACGUGCCCCGCCAAACGUUAGCAAGAUUAACUAGUUGGCUAUUUUGCCAUGGCGCAACAUGGUCCUGUUCACGUAGCAAGCUCACAAAAAGCAUUAAUGCUAGAAAUGAAGAGCCUUCAAGAGGAGCCAGUCGAGGGCUUCAAAAUAACAUUGGUCGAUGAAGCAGAUCUCUACAAUUGGGAAGUGGCCAUUUUUGGACCUCCUAACACUCACUAUGAAGGGGGCUAUUUCAAGGCUCGUAUCAAGUUCCCCAUUGACUACCCCUACUCGCCACCUGCCUUCCGUUUCCUCACCAAGAUGUGGCACCCCAACAUCUAUGAGAAUGGGGACGUAUGUAUAUCCAUUCUGCACCCUCCAGUUGAUGACCCUCAGAGUGGGGAGCUGCCAUCUGAGAGGUGGAACCCUACCCAGAACGUCAGGACCAUCCUUCUGAGUGUAAUCUCUCUGCUGAACGAGCCCAACACCUCCUCCCCGGCCAACGUGGACGCCUCCGUCAUGUACCGCAAGUGGAGGGACAGCAAGGACAGAGAGUACGCCGAGAUAAUCAGGUCGGUAAACAUAUGCACAAGGACAGAGAGUACAGCACACACACUUAUUCAGCCCCUCUAUCUCUGUGUGUGUCUCAGGAAGCAGGUAUUGGCCACUAAGGCUGAAGCGGAGCGCGACGGGGUGAAGGUCCCCACAACACUGGCCGAAUACUGUGUCCGCACACGGGCCCCGCCCCCCGACGAGGGCUCCGACCUCUUCUACGACGAUUACUAUGACGACGAGGAUCUGGAAGACGAAGACGAGGACGACUGCUGCUAUGAUGAAGACGACUCUGGGACGGAGGAGUCGUGACACGUUCUACCUGGGAACCUGGACGGCUGACGCGUGCGUUCCCUGAACUCUCCUCCCGUAGGAGAGACUUUUCAGGAAGGACUACUUCACAUAUUUUAAACCUCUCACUUUUUCUAUCCUCAGAAUCCAAGCACACUGUCAUCUGUGCAAAGUCUGCACCUGUUAUUUGCAGGAAGUAUCGACUAAAAUUAAACUAAACUCGGCAUGCUACCUUAUGACCCUGUUUGACUAUCUGGAAGAAACAGGUGUAAACAUUGCGCUGGUGAAAACACUUGGUAAAUCAGGCACAUGAGUUGGCUCUCUAAGUUUUCCCUUCCUCAACUUGCCGCCUCCUAGUUCACUCACACCUAUAUUCAGAUAGUGUUUUGCCUGAACAGGCGACUGAAGACUUUUUCACCUGUCAUGGUGUCUGUGUGAGCGACACGCCACUGAACCUACAGCAGAACUUAUGUAUCUCCAAGAUGAGGUUCUGUCUUGCUUCUCUCCUCUCUUACAUUUUUGUGCGAGGGGAAAACUGACUGUCAACAUGGUGUUUCUGCAUGUCAGACAUCUUGUACACAAUCAUAUGUGCCGGCAUACUGGUUUGAUUGAAUUUAGAAAAAAAUACUAUUGUGAUCAUGGAGACACCAAUGACUGUCUGGUGGACUCCAGGAUGCGCUUGAGCUGCGGGCCAAACCCAGUUUGAAUGUUUUAGCAGCGUUUCAAAAACAUUUUGCUGGCCUAGCCGUAACUGUCUGAGGUAUUUUUCUGUUUGAGAGUGGAGUGAGUGACUCUAAAGCACUCAAUGUAACGUUGUCGUGGCAACUGGUUUUCCUGCAUCUGGACAGAAUUCUCUGAGACCCACACCUUUCUCCUCAAGGUUCUCCUCUGCAAAGCAUGAUGGAGUCAGAGACAAGUCUUUGGUAUAGCCCAGCAACUGUAUGGAGAGGAGGGGAAAAGUGCUUUAUGGGUUUAGCGUAAUGAAUUGCUGUUUCCUGUUUUUAUUCUCCUUUCAUUGAGAAUUAUGCCAGUAGUCUUUGUUAGAGAAUGAUUUAAAAUGUCCUUGGGUCAUAGAGUCGAUCUUUGUGGUUUUCUGUAGGAAGAUUGUGUGUCUCUGCUGAAAAUAUGUUGUGGCAGUAUCAGUCAGCAAGCCUCGGGAAUUGGGGAAAGAAAAUGGCUGCCACUUUUGUUUUUACUUUUGUGUGUGCAAGUGGAGGGUGCUAUCAUGAAUCUCCAAGUAGCGAUGUGUUUGCGUGUGUGUAUCAGCAAUAUUGGAUGUUGCUUUUAUUCUAAUUUGGCUUCAUUUAACUUUAACUCUCAGGAUAUUUAAGAAUGAGAAAAAAAUUAGAACUUUUAAGAUAAAAUGGUCUCUUUCCUGGUGGGCUUCAGAUAUAUACUAUAUAUACAAAAGUAUGUGGACACCCUUUCAAAUUAGUGGAUUUGGCUAUUUCAGCUACGCUCGUUGCUGACAAGUGUAUAAAAUUGAGCACA